CCAUAGAUCUUAAAAAGAUAGAUUUCGGCCAUUUUCAUUCUUUUCUCUAUUCUUGCCGUCAUAUGGCGUAUAGUGUGUUCGUUUGUCCGCCAUAUUAAAUGAAAUCAAUAAAAUAAGACAAAAUGUCGCCUUACUAAGCGUGUGAAAUAAAUCCAUUAACAUCUAGUUUUUGUGUGAUUAAAUCAUCAAGAGGAUCACAAUGGAGAAUUCCUACGGUGUGGGGACCGAUAACAGAUACGCUCUUUUCUUGGACGAUGAGUCCGAUCCUCUUGAUGCGUUAAAAGCUCGAGAGCAAGCAAAAGAGCUCAAGAAAAAGACCAAAGAGGCGGAAAAAGAGAACAAGGGGAAACCUGAGGCCAAACCUAAGGGCGGCAGUGUCGUCACGAGGAAGGGCAUCAAGGAAACUCAGAACGUGAAGUCUCAAGAAAUUAAGAGUGGUGAACAACAAAAGAACAAAGGUCCACCUCGGACAAACGAUCGCAAUUCGGAGCGGCCGCCGCCUCGGCGUCGCGAGGAUCGUCCUCAGAACGGAGCCGUCGAAGGUAAGGAGGGUGCGCGACCUCCUCGCAGGGAAUUCGGUGACCGAAGGCCUAAUUUUGAGCGACGUAACUUCAACGAUAACUCUGAAGGAGGAGAACGUCGCGGUCCGAGGCCCCCACGUGAGCCGCGUGAAGGACAACGUGGUCCGCGACCGGGCUUCGAUGGCCGAGGCAAGCGUGAGUUUGACAGACGGUCAGGCUCUGACAAAACUGGCGUUAAACCGGUAGACAAGCGCGAGGGUGCCGGUCCUCACAAUUGGGGAACUAUAAAGGACGAUAUCGAUGAAUUGAACAAAACCGGAUCCGAAGGUGAAGUGGCCGAGGAGAAAGCGCCGGACGCGACCGGCGCUGGCGACGGUCAGCAAUCGGAGCCCGAGCGCGCUCCGCCCGCCGAGGAGGAGCCCCGCGAGCUCACCCUGGACGAGUACAAGGCGCUCCGUAACGCUCAACGCAUGGCUCCACAGUACAAUCUCCGGAAGGCCGGCGAAGGUGAGGAUCUUAGCCAGUGGAAGAAUCUAGUUCUGCUGGAGAAGAAGAAGGAGGGGGGCGAGGAGGACGACAGUGAUGAGGAGUACGACAUCGCUGACUACCCCCAGCGAGUCGGACGUCAGAAACGCGUGCUGGGCAUUGAGUUCACUUUCAACGACACGGCGCGGCGCGGAGGCACCGGCGGCCGCGGGCGAGGACGCGGACGCGGGCGCGGAGGGCGCGGUGGAGGGACGGGGGCCGGAGUGCCGCGCGAGGAAGCUGCACCCGAGGAGCGGCCGGCGGCCAAGAACCAGGUCGCUCCGCCGAAGGUGGACGACAGCAAGGAUUUCCCUUCACUCAGCUAGACUCGCAGUGAGUCUGUUCUUCUCCCCUUUCGAAAGUAUGAUAGAGAUACAGAUUUAAAAUUGUAUGUACCGUUAUUUUUGAAGUAAAUAUACAAAAUAUUUACAAAGGUGUGUAUUAUAUUACAUUUGAGUUUUAGUCACUUUCUUGACAUUUACAGUCUAGAAACUGGUGAUGUGCAGAGAAAUUUUAUUGAGUAAAAUUGACUUAUCCAGAGCUCCUGGUGAUGCUCUUCGGGUGUGUAAAGGAGGAGGGGGACAUGUCAACUGUUUUAAUUUUGCAUACACAUAGCGACCGUAAUGCCUAUAUAAAUCUAUGAUAACAGUAGCUUAUAUUGUAAUCACCUCUGCUUACAAUUAACUGAUGAUUUAUAACAUGAGAUGAGUUUUAAAACUUGCAGACUGUGACACAAUUUUAAAAUUAACUUUGUCACAAUUUAGUGUAGAAAUUUGUGAAAAAAAUAACCCACUGCAUUUGGUAUCACAAGUAUGUGUUGACGGAUGCAGACUUAACUGUAAAUAGUUACAUGGGCCGACACACUCAUGUUGUUGUAGGAGCAGGGGACGCAUGUUCAGUUCUCAUGAUGCUCAUCCAUCGCUGGAGAUCCUCAUUUUCUCCGACAUGGCGUCGCCUGCUCCUAUAAGGAGUGUGAUGUGUGAAGCUCCCAAAUGUUUAAAAAAUAAGGUCUUUAAUAACAAGGUUGAUUUUUGUUGUUACACAAACUUCUUGAAAAAUAAACAUUUUGUAUGUGUGAA